AAAUGAUAUAAAAUAAUCCACCUCGACCAAACAUGAGAAGUUCAGCUUGCAAAAUUAACAAUUCAUUGCUCUAUGAUGAAGUUUAUCCGACUAAUAACUACUCCUAACUAGAUAAGAUAAACACCAAUAUUUUACUAAACAGCAACAUAGCUAGUAAUUAAAAACAAAUUUGAUUUCCUUGCUGAAAGAAAAAUACAUCAACCCCCGGAAUGCCGCGGUUACACGCCAAUGCUCUAUUUGAUUUUUAACCAUGCAACAAACUGAGAUUGAAACAGUACUUAAUUAGCACUAGCGUAAUCAACUAAUCGUUGUCAAUGUACACGUGAGCUCGACUUAGAUUUCAUGGCUAGCAAACCAGCUUUUCUCUAGUUUAAAAGUCCAUCUUUCUGAAAUUUUAAUGGAACAACCAGUAACAGAAGUCUACUUGUACCUAGUUUAUUAUUAGUACAACUAGAUGAAGCAGCAAGUCAACUAGUAGCGCACAGCCAAAGUCGAACACCACUCUUCGUUCUCUUCGCACCCAAGAAAUCCAUUUUUGCGAGCUUGGUCAUCACCGAAAUCUCAUUGGCCAUGGAAGAAUCUUAUAUAAAUAGAUGGAACACCUACCUCUCCCACGAUCGCAACGAAUUGAAGCAUUUCGUCUCGAGGCGCGGCACGAUGAAGAGGCUGACAUUCGGCGCGGAACCGGAGAUGGUGGACAGCGCAAGCAUAGCUCAGGAGGUCAUGCUGCUCCUCGCGCGGAGCGGCGGCGGCGGCGCCGGCUAUGUCGUCGGCCACGGCGGCGAGGCUCCGCGCGUCUUCGAGUGCAAGACGUGCAGGCGCCGGUUCCCGUCGUUCCAGGCGCUCGGCGGCCACCGCGCGAGCCACAAGCGGCCGCGGGGUGGUGGCGGUGGUGGCGCGGCCGCCGCCGUAGCCGCCGCGGCGGGCGAGGGGGAGGCGGGUGUCGCGCUCUCGCUCGCGGCGGGGACGCCGGCCGUGAAGGCCUCACGCGCGCACGGGUGCGCGGUGUGCGGCGUGGAGUUCGCGCUCGGGCAGGCGCUCGGCGGCCACAUGCGGCGGCACCGCAUCGCCGGCGCCGAGGCCGACGAGGCGGUGAGCGCCCGCGGCGGCGAGCCGGCGCCCGAGCGGAAUCCACGCGAGGCGAGGGGUGUGGUUGGCUUGGACCUGAACGCUGCUCCCGCCGACGACACAGGCCUCCUGCUGGUAGACUGCCUGUAAUGGCAUUCUGCCCUACCUAACCAUGUGAUCGUUUCUUCUUUUUAUCGUUUUUUUUGGUUUUGUAAAUUUGAAAAAUUGGCAGCUGUUCUCCAAAAAAACAGUAGGAUCAAUAGUUCAAAAUACAACAUGAAUACGAUUUGAUUACAGACUUGUAAUUACAGAAUUGUAGUUUGCCUUUCUUGCAUGAAUCGUGCAAGAUCAUUCUUUCUUUGUAAUAAAAUAAAAUAAAAUAAA